AUGGCAAUGGUCUGGGCCGUGAUCCUUAUGUCCGGCGUCUUAAGUACAAGUGCACAGCACAUUUAUCCGAAAGAAAACAGUCGCUGUGUCAGUAAUGGAGAGACAAUGAUGCAGAUUCGAGAACUUGUGAUCCAACAAGGGGGGAUCAAAGAAUCUGUAGACUCCUUAAGGCGAAUGUUGAGGAGACUCAAGGAUGAUGUAACCAGUACUGUUGAUUCCUUAAGGCGUAUGGUGGAAGGACUCGAGGAUGAUGGAACCAGAAGUGACGUCAUGCACCAGCUGACGAAGGGAAAGAACUCAUCCCUUUACGUCUCCAUCACACUAAGAAAUGGUACAACUCUGUAUGAACAAUUUCAAGAGUUUUCUGUUGCUGACGAAAUCAACAAAGACAGACUUUAUCUCGGGGGACCAGCUACUGAGACUUUGGGUAGUACACUGUACGGACUUCUACAACAUCAUAUGUGGGAUCAGGUUGCUGACUUAAUUGCUGCUGGCUGUAUGCAGAAGUACACAUGUUUAACUAGACAGUACAAGAUAGUCAUUGACAAGGGAACCUAUGAUGCGAUUAGCCUUAUUCCUGAUAGUGAGGUAGAGGCUCGGCAAGCAUACCUGAAAACAGUGAAACACCUUGUCGAUGAGGACAGGAUAUUUGUCAUAACCUCAUGUAACUGGACCAAAGAACAGUUGCUUCAGUUUUUUAAGCCUGAAUUUGAACUUUUUGAGAAGAUACCAACACCCAGUUUCCAGUUCGGAGGACAAAUGGGAAGCACUGUGACUUCUUUAGUUAAAGUUUAUAUUCAAGUUUUCCUUACUUUUGCCUAA